AUGCCCUGGUAUGUUAUGUCAUUGUUCUUUGCUUUGAUCCUGACCCGCAUGACCCCGACAUUCCAAACAGCGACGACUUGGACAGGACUGCCAUUCCCAAGUGCAGGUAACAUCAGAACCUUGUCUGGGCAGACGACAGCAAGUAUUUCCAUUACACAACACACGAGCGACGACGACAACUUCGAGAACGUCGCCACGUGGAAGCAGGAGUCAAAGCUCGUGAUGAGUAACGAUGAAGGAGAGCUGCGAGCGGAAACACAGAAUGGCGGGUUGCUCAACAUCACAGUCUCUCCUCCUGCGCAAUAUGACAGGGCGCUGAUCAUCACCAACGUCGUCAAGACGGUCGUCAGCGCCGUCUGCCUUGCUCUGUGCACUCUCAGUGUCGUCGUCUUCUGGCUUCUGAGGGCAGAGAACGCCGCCAACCACUUCCUCCUGGCCAUCAAUGCUGCAGAGGCUGUCACCGCUGGCCUGGCGGUGAUGGUGGAAGUCACGAGUCUCGCCGACAGCCGCCAUCAGGACACGCUGGCCUUCCAGUGGUUCACAGUCGCCUCUCUCUUCGUCAGCGUGUCUCUCAAGAGAUGCGUGUAUGUCACCUACCUGUUUACCUGUGUGCUCUGCACCCUGGCUGUCAUCUUCCCCAUGAAGCCAUUUCACCGCGACUUGAGGAAAUCUCCGAAAAUAGUUAUCGCUGUUCUCUUUUUAAUAAUCUUUUCUUUUCAUCUUUAUCUCAUAGUGGAACACAAGGUUGAGUUUGAAGAUGGUAAAUACGUGCUUAAAAAGUCCAAUGUCUACAUUGAGGAGAAAGAAAAAUUUUUACUUUGGGGAAAUUUUGGUAAAUCACUUUUUUCUUACUUUCCUCUGACUGCGAGCCUGAUACUUAACGGACUGCUGCUGGGCGUCCUGACGACAUGGCGGAGAGCGUCCAAGGUCUUGCACGAGGGCCAACGCCGCCAAGAAGAGCAUCUUAAGGUCAUCAAGAACGUCACUAUUUUCCUGAUUUCCUGUCUGCUCUACCUGCUGCUGUCGCUGCCGUCCAACACCCUGCAAGUUGUCGCCACCUACCACCCGACCCUGGGCUUCUACAAGGCCGACCACUCUCUCUACGUUCUGCUGGGUGAGAUGUUCAUCGUCUGCCAGGAUCUGGGCAGCGCACUCACCUUCCUCACCUACUUCACCCGCAGCACGCGCUUCCGCAAGACAUGCAGGCCGCUGCUCCGCUUGAUCUUCGCUUGUAAUCAGUCGGUAAUUAUCCCGCUCACUCGCAAGUAA